AUGGGGAAAGGCGUUUACCUUAGCAAAGGAGCGGCGGUGGCCUUGGCGAUAGUCGGCUUGGCCGCCGUCGCAACCAUUAUAGCGCUCUCGGUGGUCUAUGCUCAAGAGAAGGAAAUGAAGAAUGAUGUCGGGACCACAGCAGAGACCACUACUACUACCGCCACUACUUCUACUAUCACUAGUACUUCUUCUACCUCCACCACAACUACCCUCAACUCAACCACCCCCAUCCCAACAACCCCCAUCUCAACAACUCCCGCCCCAAUGGAACCCUGGCAUCAUUACAGGCUCCCCCAGACCCUCGCUCCCAUCUCCUACAAUAUCACCCUUCGACCCCAGCUGGAACCCCAAGAAGACGAUAUCUUCAUCUUCACCGGCAGCUGUUAUGCCGUCUUUACUUGCGUUCAGGACACAAACCUUAUCCUCAUCCACGCCAACAAGCUACACCUGAAUCCCUGGGAUGGUGGAUACCUAGCAAGUUUGAGGGGCCUCAACGGGGCAGAGACGCCCGGCCUGAGGAAGAGCUGGCUGGAGGUCCCCACGCAGUAUUUGGUGCUGCAGUUAAACGACAGUCUGAAGGCGGGAAGCAUGUAUGAGGUGACCACACACUUUACGGGGGAGCUGGUAGAUGACCUAGGAGGAUUCUACAGGAGCGAAUACAUGCAGGACGGAGUGAAAAAGAUCCUGGCCACUACUCAGAUGCAACCAACAGACGCCCGCAAAGCCUUCCCUUGCUUCGAUGAGCCCGCCAUGAAAGCUGUCUUCCACAUAACGCUCAUCCACCCCCAAAACACUGUGGCGCUGUCCAACUCCAUGAGCUACGAGCCCGUCAACAUCACUGUGGAUGGCCAGGCAUUGAUAUCGACCAGCUUUGAACCCACAAAGAGGAUGUCCACCUACUUGCUGGCAUUUGUGGUGUGUGACUUCGGAUUCAUCAAGAGCAACCAGAGCGCCGAUGUUCUGAUCAGGAUCUGGGCACGUAAGAAGGCCCUCGCGGAGGGUCAAGGAGACUAUGCCCUAAAUCAGACCGGGCCCAUUCUGGCGUUUUUUGAAGGCUACUACGACUCCUCCUACCCACUUAGCAAAUCUGAUCAGAUUGCGCUUCCUGACUUCAGCGCGGGGGCUAUGGAGAACUGGGGUCUGAUCACAUACAGAGAAAGCGCCCUCUUGUACAACCCAUCCACGUCGUCAAAUGAGGACAAAGAAUGGGUGGCCACCGUCAUUGCUCAUGAACUUGCACACAUGUGGUUUGGCAACUUGGUGACCACGCGGUGGUGGAACGACUUGUGGCUCAAUGAAGGGUUUGCCACCUAUGUCUCCUAUCUUGGGGCCGACUACGCAGAGCCACAGUGGAAAAUAAAAGAUUUGAUGGUGCUGAACGACAUCAUGAGGGUGAUGGCGGACGACGCGUUGGUCUCAUCGCACCCGCUGUCGUCCAAGGAGGAGGAUGUGAUGACACCCGAUGACAUCAGAGCGCUUUUUGACGCCAUCACGUACAGCAAGGGAGCGUCGGUCCUCAGGAUGCUCUCGGAGUUCAUCACAGAGGCGACCUUCACCAAAGGCCUUCACACGUACUUGGAGGAGUACAAAUACAACAACACAGUCUACACGGACCUCUGGAGGCAUCUGCAAACUGCUGUGAAUGAAGCUGGACUGAAUCUGCCUGAUUCAGUGGAGGAGAUUAUGAACCGAUGGAUCCUUCAGAUGGGAUUCCCAGUAGUCACCAUUGACACUCGGAGCGGCACCAUCUCCCAGAAGCACUUUCUGCUUGAUCCGGAAUCGGUGGUGGAAAGACAAUCACAGUUUAAUUACGAAUGGUACGUUCCUGUCACGUGGUCUAAAAGUGGCGGUGUCGCUAAGCAGCACUGGCUGCUGAAGACGGAAGAAAGCAACCCAGACAUGGCCCUGGGUCCCGAUGAGUGGCUGGUGGCCAACAUCGACAUGGUGGGCUUCUACAGGGUCAACUACGACCCCCAAAACUGGGAGCGUCUGCUAGCCAAGCUGAGCUCCCACCACCAGGAGCUUUCCGUCAUCAACAGAGCGCAGAUCAUCGAUGACGCUUUUAAUCUGGCCAGGGCCCGUAUUGUGAACACUACUCUGGCUUUACGGACAACGGAGUUUCUCCACAAGGAAGUGGAGUACAUGCCCUGGCAGGCGACCAUCAACAACUUGCACUACUUCUACCUCAUGUUUGACCGUAGCGAAGUCUACGGACCCAUGCAGGCUUACAUGAAGAAACAAGGCACACACUUGUUCAACUACUACAAAAAUCUGACAAAGGACUGGAGUACCAUCCCGGAAAAACACACUGACCAGUACAACAUGGUAAACGCCAUCGCCAACGCUUGCAGCACUGGCGUGGAAGGCUGCCGAGAGCUCACUGCUGGCUUGUUCUCAGCUUGGAUGAAAAACUCAUCCAACACAAUCAGUGCCAAUCUGAGGAACACAGUGUACUGCAGCGCCAUUGCGGCAGGAGGCGUCGAGGAGUGGGACUUUGCGUGGGACAUGUACAAGAACGCCACCAUCGCCUCGGAGGCCGACAAGCUGUUAUACGCGCUGGCUUGCACCAAAGAACCCUGGCUUCUCAAUAGGUAUCUGCAGUACUGUCUCGACCCGGAAAAGGUCCGUAAGCAAGAUGCCAGCUAUGUUAUUUAUUACAUUUCGGACAGUCCAACUGGACAACCGUUGGCUUGGGACUUUGUCAGGAGCAACUGGGACUACUUAUUCAAUGAUUACGGGUCUCAAUCCUUGGGCUUCUGCAGGUUAGUUGCAGACGUGACAACGCGAUUCUCCUCAGAGUUUGAGUACAAACAGCUGCUCCAGUUCAAAAAGGAGCAUGAGGGGCAGCUGGGUUCGGCCGCCUCGUACGUGGACCAGGCUUUAGAGAGGACCCGGGCCAACAUGAAGUGGGUGGCUAACAACAAGAAAGAAGUGCUCAAGUGGUUCACCGAUAAAGCCUCGUCCUCACUUUGA